UCACUCUUCAAUCGACAUCUCCUCCGGCUCUGGUGACUUGCCCUGACCACACACACACACACAGACAGACAGACACACACACACACAGAUACCGCCCGCUUUCUCGGCGUGCUCGGUACAGGAUCCCUGUCUGCCUGUCUGGGCUCACCUGAUCGCCCCCUCCUCUUUCUCUGUCGUCGGUGUCCUUGCCCGUAUUGCCCUCCUGCUGCCGCUGCUGCUGCUGCUGCUGCUGGGUGGUCUCCGCAGCCGCCGGCCCCUGCUGCUGAUUCUGCUGGUGGGUGGUCGCUGCAGCCGCCUGCGCCUGCUGCUGGUUCUGUGGUGCGGUGGUGUGUCCGUCCUUGGCCUCUGCGGGUGGGGCAGCAUCGGCUUGGGGAGUGUCGCUCCAGGGUGUGAUGAUCACGACGCCUGGGAACUCGGGCGAGGUUUUUUCAGUCAUCUGCAAACCUGCACACCGCACACACACACACACACACAUUCAGAGAGAGAGAGAGAUGGAAUGAGUGAAUGGGUGUGUGAAAUCCUUCUUCCAACGACGAGGGUUCAGUCUGUACGCACCUACAACGCUCUUCGCGAAGUGGAAGCCGAGAGGAUCGUCGAAAGGAUGGCCUCUUGUCACUUCACUAGCAGACAGCAGCCGCGAGCCGCCAACGCCUGGCACACCAUGAGCACCAGCAGCAGCAAGACCAGCCAUCAAAGCAGAAGACCCCGGCGCAGACGGCCGGGCUGCCUGGGCAGCAGGGCUGCCGGUUCUGGUGUUUGCUGCUGGACGGGUGGCUCCAGGGCUGCCCUGGGAGGGCGAUGACGCUUGCGAUGACGGCCUUGGUGGCCGUGAAGGGGGUCGGCUGGAGAGGGGAGCCGGAGGGGGUGGGGAGGGGGUGGGUGGGCGGCCGGGGCUCGAUGGAACGGUCACAAAGGGAAGAGGCGACUGCGACGAACGGUCUGGGGAAACACAUCCACACGCACAGGAGAGGAGACAAGAGAAGACAUCCACGUGAGGAAUCUCUCCGGUGUGAAGGGGUGGGUGCAUCUGUGUGUGUGUGGCGUACCAAUAAUGUGUUGCUGCGCCCCGUAUCUGUGCUGCUGCAUCCCCCCCGGCAUGGCCCUCCACUGCUGCCCCUGCUGCUGCGGUGAGCCGGCCAGCCCCCGGACCUGCUGCAGACACGCCAGGAAGUCCGGCGAGCCGUAAGAGGGAUGCAUGUACGGCGGCUGUGGGUGCGGCACGUACGCAAACCUCCCACCUCCACCCACAGCAGCAGCCGCCGCAGCAGCAGCAGAGGCCGAUGGCUGUGGCUGCGACCCACCCCCACCACCCCUCCCUCCUCCGUAGAGGUGCAGGGUGGGCGAGGAAGCGCGCGGGAGUGGGCAUCGGACCGACUCUCCGGCCGGCAGGAUGGGCCUGACCCGCCCCGCCGACGGCUGCGGGGAUGUGCGCAGUUGCGGGAACAUCGGGUGGAUGGCCGGCUGCGUGUGGAGAGUGGCAAGCAGGUCCGACGCACCAGUAGUUGUGAUAAUGGGCGGGGGGUGUCUCCGGUGUGUGAGGGGCGAUCCAAAGGCGAUCUCAGAGUGCUGUGUCACCAGCCGCUGCUUCUUGACCACAGAACCGUCGGACUGCGGCGAGCGCUGCUGCUUGUCGGCCGAUGGGCCGUUGGGCAGAGGCGCCAGGACGUCUGUGGCAGAUCUCUUGGUCCCUCUCCGCUGUUCGAGGACACUGCUGGCCUCACUCUCGCGCCGCAUCUCGUCUGGCUGGCCUGCAAGGGACGGGGGAGGGGGCGAGGGACUCACCGCACGGAAGCUGUGCGCGUCUUGAGGGCGGCUGAACCUACCCCGCAUCAGCUUCUCCACCAGCUCGAGGUGCGACGUCCCGUGGCCGGUACUCGCACCUCCGCCCGCCCUCUUGGAUGUGUCGCCGAUCGGAUGCAUUUCGACGUCAGAGAUGUGUGUCCGCUUGCCGUCCGGCUCCUGCUUGGUGGUGCCGUUGAGUGGUGGGAUGGGGGCGGGCUCGAGGGAGAGGGUCCUCUUCUGUCGCGAGCAGUGGUCGCGGUCAUACUCCUGGAAGUCAUAGCACGCGAAGCGAUCCAUCGCCUGCCGCCACAGGGCCGAUUGCUGAGGGAAUCCAAGACACACAGUGAUGAUGUGAUGUGAUGAUCGUAUAUAAAUGGGUGGGUCCAUCCCUCGUUCGUACCUGCUGGACGAGCCUCAACAGGGCCGCUCUCUCCUCGUUAGUGUCCUCCUCUUUCUUGUCGCCCUCGGUCUCCUCCUUGGGCUCCACCAGCCCCAGCUGACACAUGCCCUUGGGCUCAUUCUGACCCUCCGACGCCGCCCCCUCGGCCCCAUUGCCCUGCUCCAGUUUCUUCUGCAGCUCGGCCACCAGGGGGUCUUCCUCCUCUUCGAGCGGCUGCUCGUCCUUGGGGGACUUCCUGGGCAGCGGCGGUGGUGGGAAGGGGUGCUUCUUGCGGUGCUCGUUGAGGUGGAAGUAGAAGGUGUUGAGGGCUUUGUCUUCGGUGCGGAGCUUCUUGAUGCGGCCGGCGAGAAGGAACAGCUGGUUCGACGCCUUCUUGACCAAGUCACGCGCCCUGAAUGAAUGAAUGCCGCGACAACGAAGACAAAUGAGUUCAUAAGCGUGUGAUGUCGUCAAAGUGACUGACCGUGUUGUGUCUUCGGCGAGUUUCCGCAGCCCCUCGCUCUUGAGGUCAGGGAACUCUCGUCGGUGGUCGGGGUAGUUGAUCACAUGGCGACGGCCGUCGCGGAACUCGGGAAUGCUUCCCCCGGCCGGCGGGUUGGCCCAUGGGUUGUCGCGCCACUUGUCGUUCCACAUGUGGUUGUGUGCACCCGAGCUGCCCGCCGCCCCUGCUCGCCGCGUGUCGACCUGCUUGAGCAGCGCAUCGAUGUUCUGGUACUGCUCGUCGCCCACACCGACACCGACACCCAUGCCCUUGCUGCUGCGGCUCAUCUGCACGCGCCUCAGCCGCUCCUCUGGCGACAUCUGCCCGAGACUGACGCCCUUGCCCAUGCCGCCGAUUGGGAUGCCAUUGAAGUAGGGGUUGUCUUUGCCGAAGUGGGGGUGCCGCUGUGCGCUGGUGCUGUUGAAGCCGGCCCAGGGGUGAGCCCGUCUGCUGCGGGAUUCCGUCUUGUACUUCUUGCGCGUGAGGCCGUCGGUGGACUGGGAGGCCGAGAUGCUGCCGCGAUCGCUGAAGCCGGAGCUCGCCGAUGAGUCUGACUCGACAGAGUCUGAGGAGACAGCGAGAGCACAGCAACAGCAGUUGUGUGGCUGGCAUGAGGGGCUGUGUGACUGCGUGGGUCCGUGUGUGGCAGCUUACAGUCGGAUGACUCUUCUCCCUGCGACUCCACCGACUCCUCUUCGGUGAAUUCAUCAGAGGAACGCGCAGCACGACGACCUAAUGGGCACAAAACACCAACACACAUGGAAGAAGGAAUUGAUUGUCCCUCUGCUGCGAGCCCUCGCCUCACCUGCAGUUGUUCUCCGUGGCUGUCCCGCCUUCGCCGCUCUGGCACCCCCGCGGGCACCCCGGCCCCGCGCCCCUCGUCCUCCGGAAGCGGGUGUGCUCUCCCUCGCCACGGGUGGCGCCAGGCCCACACCAGGAGGCGGGAUGAGUGCCCCUCUGCCUGCACCAGCCGUUGGAGGCAGAAUGGAGGGAGCGGCCGCCUUGGUGGUGCGGACGCUCGCGUGAGUCGCACCUACACAAGGGCAACGCGUGAUUGUGUGGGCAUGCAUGUGUUUGUUCGUCCCGUGUUGUGUUGUGUUGUGUCGCGUGUGUGCAUACCUGCAGCAUCGAGGACGAGUUUUGGGUUGAGGAGGUAGCUGUUCUGUCCGGGGAACCGUGCGUUGAUCUGCUUGUCGGUGUAGUUGCUCUGGUGCAGCGCCGCCACGAGGUACGGCGCGGCGUACAGGCUCUCGAAAUCCAUCCACAGGACCUCACGACCAGCUCGCUGACAAAUGAACACACACACACACACACAUACAUUCAAUCCGAUUGGAUGUGUGUGCUACGCUGCCCUGAGUGAGUGCCACUCACCCGUCGCAGGGGAAGGAGGUCGGUGCCGCCCUGCAUGGCGUAGUACUUGACGACCUUUGAUAUCUGCGCGUUGCGGUGGCACCGCUCGCAGGUGCAGAUGCGGUUGCAGUAGGGGCAGAUCCAUUGGCGGCUAGCACUGACACAAGCAGCGGUGGGAGGCACCCACACAGGGAGGGACAAAUAAACAAGUGACAGACAGCUGGUUGGUUGGUUGGUUGGUUGGCGCAUUUGUGGCGUGUGUGUACUCACGUUUGUCCUCUGUUCUCAGAGUAGCCCCCGAAGUUGUGGUUGAGGCAUUCGGAGCAGAACAUCCGCCAGCAGUAGCACCCCGCCUGGGCAAGAUUCGACGUGCCGCCAUAGAACUAACAUGAUAUCACACAGAGGGCAAAGCAACCACACGCACACACACACACACAUAGAUGAGAUGCAUAGGUGAACAGAUGACCACCCUACCAUCGCCCCUCGCUGAUUCGUUGACCCACUCACCUUGUCGAGGCUUGCAGUCUUCUGCAUGAGUUUGUUGGUUGGCAUGUUGGUAUUGAGGAACCGGGAAACCCUCUCCUGGUGCGAAGGCGAAUUGCGCUCCGGCAGCUCCCCGUAGCUGUACCCCAUCGCCCUCCCCUGCCCUGGCGCCAAGCCAUACUGAUACGCCCUGGCCGGCGGGCUGCCCCUCCCCCCUCCAGCAGCUUUCUUCCUGUUCACCGCGUCGCCCGGCAGCCGCAAGCCGGUCGACGGCGACCCACCGCGCCCGCGCCCCUUGGGGCUGGCGAGAGGCGGCGGCAACGGGGCGUUCAUCGACUCGGCUCGUGCUGUGCGGUCGGCGUGCACCUCGUAGUAUCGGUUCUUGACGUGCUCGAGCGGGUCGUGCUGGGGCUUGGUCCAUUGGGUGGCCUCGAACUCAUCGAGGAUGGCCUGCCGCUCGGCCUCGCUCAUCCCAGGGACGUCUGGGCUGAGGAUGGGCGGGGGGAGAGGGAGCAGCCGCUUGGGCGACGUGGGUGAGGUUUUGCGAGCGGGAGAGGGCGUGUGCGCCUUCUUGGGCGAGCCGGCAGUCUUCUUGGCGGGUGAGGGCGGCCCUGACGCCUUGGGGCUCCUACUUGACCUCCUCCGGCCGCCUCGCUUGGGGGGCGACCGCGGGGGCGGUGGGUGGGGCAGGAAAAGCGGCGGCUCCGUCUCCUCCACCUUGACCGACGGCUGCUCGUUUUCAUCUUGCGCUGGCGCCUCUUCAACGUGUGCAGGUGGUUCCGCCCCAGCAGCAGCUUCAGCCGCCGCCGCAGCUGCUGCCUCUGGGGCAGGGGUAGCGGAUGGCUUCAUUUCAGCGUCAGGCGGACCAGCGGGCUUCUCGUCGGGCUCGGGGAGAGGGAGAGGGAGAGGCAGAGAGAGCUUCUCGUCCACCACCUCGGGAGGUAUCGGCUGCUUCUCGAUGUUGGCCUCGGGCUCAGCGGGGGGCUGAUUCUCGUCGGCUUCUUCAGCUGCAUCCAUCCUGCUGUCUGUCUCAGAGGGCGCAGGCGGCUUUUCGUCGGGCGGGAUGUCCUGUGGGGCAGCAGCAGGCGGCUCAUCGGAUGGGUUCUCCUCCAUGGUCACGUCUGCAUCAGCCGCAGGGUCCGCGGGAGUCUCUGCUGGAGGCUGUGGCUCGUCGGCUGCCUUGGGCUCUUCCUGUUCUGACUCCUUGUCCGCCCCCGUCUCAUCCGUCGGCUCUCGUUGCUCUCCAACACCCUCCUGCUGUCGCUGGUCGCUGUCGUCGCCCACCUCAGCUGGCCUCUCCUCUUCUCUCCUGCUCUCACCGGCCUUGUCCUGUUCUUCCGGCUGUUGCUCUGGCGGCGGUCCAGCUGCGAUCUUGUCAUCGUCGAUCGGAGCAACCUCACUCCUCUCGCCUAUCUCGACAUCCGGGGAUUGGCCGGCAGCGGCAGCGGCAGCCGCUGCGAUGGCCGUGCUCCCGUCCUGCUGCUGCUGUUGCUGGUCGGCAUUCUUUUCACUGUCCCCCUCGCCCUCGUCUGCAUGCACCACCUCCUCAGCAAGUUUGUCGGCCACAGCCUCGUCCGCUGCCUUCCCCCCCUCCUCUCUCGCUUGGUCGGUGGCGCCUUGCCCAGCCUCGCGCUCAUCGGCAUCGGCUGCAGCGGCCUCGGUCUGAUCGGCCGGUCGCUGCUCGUCGGUGUCAUCGAACGACGGCACGGGGGGAAGCGGAGGGAGAGGAGGAUGAGGUCGGGGCGCCUCGUCUUGCGCAUCAGGGGAGGGGGGCAAUGGAGGGACAGCGGGGGGUGGGGGCGGCAUGUCCGUAUCGCCAGGAGGGUUGGCGUCGCCAUCUGUCCGCUCAACCUCGUCCGUCUCCCUCAUGGUGGCGUCAGCGCCUUCCUCCUCCUUCGCUGCCCCGGACGCAUCACCCAUCUCCUCAUUCGUGUCCUCUGACUCAGCAGCCGCUGCCGCUGCUGCUGGUGCUUCUGAGGGACCCUGCUGGUCAUGAUCGCCAUCAUCCUUGUCGUCAGUGGCCAUGACCUCAUCGCCAUCGCCCUUGUCUGCCUCCGCAGCUCCCUCCUCCUCUCCCUCGCCUCCCACCACCGCCGCUGCUGCUGGUGCAGACGGUUCCUCUUGCUGAGCGGGCGGCAUGGCCUCAUCCUCAGGUGGUCUGGACGAGUGGGGGCUCUUGGCUUGUGGGGGAUGGGCACGGCCGGGGGGAGGGGUGGGCGGCAGCGACCCGUCCUUGCGCUUGGAGCGGAUGAGCAGGUCCUCAUCGCUGUCGCCAUCCUCGGCAGGAGGUGCCUCAGGCGGCUCGUCCUCUGCGGCCUCUGGUGCGAGCUUGGCCUUCUUCCGCGACUUGGUGUCUUUCUUGCCCUUCUUGGAUGAAGUGGGGGGCUUCACCACGUCCUCCGCCGGCUUGUCGUCCUCUGGCGGCUUCUCGUCCUCCGCUGGCUUGUCUGCCGCGUCGGUGGGAGGCUGCUCGUCGGUGUCCUCUGCCUCUGCAGCGGCUUCGCCCUUUUUGGUCUUUCUGCGGCCACCCUUGGUCUUCGGCUUGGCCUUGGCCUUUGGUUUGGGUGCCGGGGUGGCGUCACUCUCGUACUUCCUUGACCGGAGCCUCCGGGAGCCCCUGCCGGUCGGGUGCUCCUCUUCCUUGUCCUCAGCGGGCUCAGAUGGCUUGGCCUCACCCUCUGCCUCGGUGGCCACCUGCGCCUCGUCGGGGGCCGCCUGCUCCUCAGCGUCGGCCGCCUUCUUCUUGCGAUUGGUUUGUCGGGCCUUCUUCUUGGGCGCUGCCUCAGCCGCAGAGGUGUCGGGGGCAUCACUUGGAGGCUCCGCUUCUGCCCCUGCAGCCUUCUUGCCCUUCUCGGUCUUGCUCUUUGGAGCCGGUUGCGGUGGCUCAGACUCUGCCGCCUCUGCCGUGUCAUCUUUGGUUUUUCUCCUGCCGCCCUUCUUGCCGCGUGUCUUGCCGCCCUCAUCCUCCUCAUCGGCAGCGCUCGCUGCGGCCGCUGCGGCCGCCGCGCCCUUCUUGGCCCGCGCCUUGGCCUUGGUCUUGGCUCCCGCCUUGGCUUUGGGCGCAGGUGCCUCGCUGGCCGGCUCGCUCGACGGAGGCUGGCCUCUCUUGCUGCGGCCAGUGGAGCGGCCCGACUGCUCGCCCUCCUGGGGAUCAUCUGCGUCGGGGGGUGGCGUGGGUGCUGCCUUGGCCUUCUUCUUCUUCGGCGGUGGCUUGGGGUCCUCCACAGGGGGGUCAUCAGGCUGCUGCUGCUGCUCAUCAGCAGCAGGCUUGGCCUCUCCCGCAGCAUCCGUGGCGCUCUCUUCAGGUUCCUCAGGUGCUGCACUGGUGUCCCGCUUCCGCUUGGUGCCCCUGCCGCCACGAGAGGCGCUGGAUGCCCCUCGCCCCCUGCCGCCACGGGAACCCCCGCCUCUGCUCCUGCCCCUCUCAGCAGCUGCGGCCUCCUCGGCCUUGCGGCGAGCCCCACGAGUCUCCAUGGGCUCAAUCUUGAUCUCGAUCAUGGCGCCCCGCUGACGGGGGGUGGAUGAUGCGGCGCUCUGUGUCUUCCUCGGACGCCCGCCACGAUUCUUGCCAGUGUUGCCUCUUCCCGCAGGGGCGGGCGGGUCCAUCGCUGGCGGGUCGUCGUCCUGCUCGGCCGGCUCCUCUUUGACGACCGAAUCCACCUGCAUCGCGUCGCCGCCAUCGCACUCCUUCUCCUCACCCCUCGACGCAGGAUCGUCUGCUGCAGCUGGCGGGUCGGUCGCCACCUCAGUAGCAGCCGCGGGGGGAGGUGCGUCAGGUGCUUCGGAGGGGGGCAAGAGGCGAAUAGACGGCACCGGGGCUGCGGGGGCCGCCUCUGGAGGAGAAACAAGUGGUGCGCCAGCUGCACUGCUCUCCUCUUGUUGCGGCUGCUGAGCCCAGGCCGUCACAGAACCUGAGUCGCGAGGGCCUGGCUCCUCCUCGACCUUGAGUGACACUUGCUGCAUCUCAAGCAAUGCCGGUGGCACGGAAGGAGGGGCCUUGAUGGCCACCACCUCAGCAGCUGACGGUGGCGGCUGCGCUGCAUCUUGCUGCUGCUCCUCCUCCUCCUUGUGUUGACUGGCCUCCUUGUCGGUUGCCUCUCCCUUGGGUGAGAAGGAGGUGCUGCGGACGACGCCGACCGGCCCGACCUUUGCCUUUGGCUUUGGCGAUGGGCUGAUGGGGGCGGGAGGGGGAGGGGCCUUGGCCUGCAGGGGUAGCAGGGGCACAGCGGGCGCCUGAUGAGGGGUCGUCUUGGCAGCAGCGGCGCGGGUGGGCGUCUCUGGGACGACAUCGUAGACGGGCGGCGGGGGCAGGUUCUCCCUCACCCGCUCGCUGUAGUCCUGCAGCACCUGAGUCUCGUCGGUCAAGCGGUUGAUGUACUCGGGGUGGCGGCCGGGCGGCCCCGUGGCUGCAGAUGAUGCGAUGCCGACGCCGCCCUGCCGCAGCUUGCUGAAGCACACCGACAUGGCCCGCCUCUUGCCGUCCUCAGUCAGCUUGCAUCGACAGUAGUGGCAGAACGGCCCACUGACCCUCGGGAAGCCCGCGUUGCCCGCCUUGGCCGUUGCCGCCGCCUUGGCUUUGUUCUUGGCCUUGGCCUUUGCCUUGGACUUGGGCGAAGCAACGCCACUCACCACCGCAGCAGCCGCUGCCGCGGCCUGCUGCUGCUGUUGCUGUGACGCAUCUGCCGUGGCUGCAGCAGCGGCCGCAGAGCUGGCGGAUGCCGAUCGCAGUGGUGGGGCGGGGAGAGAGGCCUCGGGAGGUAGGUUUAGCGGUGGGGGGAGGGCUUUGGGUGGGUUUCGGUUGGAGAAGAUGUACUUGUCAAUGGUGGCCGCACCAUAGUAUUUGGACUCAGUGUUGGGCACCCGCUCCCAAAGAAGGCGAUAGAGGACGGCCUUGGGGACCCACUCGACGUGCACGUUGUCGCCGUCGUCAAACGACACCAAAUACUCGCCGCGGCUCUUGUCAAAGGCCAGCAGCUCCUCGACAGAGUCACACAGCUGCUCAAAGGUCAAACGAUCCACUAUCUCUGCAGCCCACCAAAUGAACGAACGAGAGCAACAGGGACAAAUAUGUGCCUCCAUCCAGUGUUGUGGGGGGGUGGGGGGGUGGGUGUCGCGAGCGUACUCUUGAGCACGUCGAGGGUGACGGUGUUGCCCUCCCGUCUCUUCUUCCGCCUCUCCUCCUCCUCGCCCAGCCGGCUUGCGAUCUCGGUCCUCAGGUGGGUCAGUGUGCGGUCGUUCUCCUCCAACAUGCGGCGAAACUGGGGCAGCAGGCACUGAAGAAAAAACAUGACGCGCACAGAUCGAAUCAUCCAUGAGCCAGCCCAUCUUCCGCUGCAAGCACGUACCUGUAUCUCCUCCUCGUAUGUGAUGAAGUUGGCCUCCUUUUUCCUCCUGCCGCCCCCGCCGCCCCCGCCCCCGCCGCCGCCGCCGCCGCCCCCGCCGCCGCCGCCUGUGGAAGUGCCGCCUUCCUGUGAUGGCGAUGGUACGCUGGCGGCGGGCUGAGAGGGCGGGUCGUCGGAUGCCUCCCGCUCCCUUAGGCUGCGAUCCGGGCUGGGCAGGGCCUGUGGAGGGGUGGGCGGAUUGCUCGCAGACAACUCACGCUGAGAGAGGAACACACAAAUACGCGAUGGAUGGAUGGAUGCGCAUAGAAUGCGCCACGUUGGUGUGGGUGUGGGUGUGUGGAGCACUACCUGGUAGGUUUUGAAGUCCUCCUGUUGCCGCUGGUACUCCCGCAUCUUCUCUCGCUCCCGCUGCUUGAACGACCGCUUGUCCGACCGCGGCUGCACAAACGCCUCACCCAAAUCCAUACCUGACACACACACACACACACCGAGCACACACGUCUCGGUCGACCACUAAGCGCCUGGGUGUCUGUCUGUCUGUCUGCCGUGGCUUACUCAUGAACUCGGGGUCAGUGGUGUACUGCAGGCGGAUAAGCUGCGCGUCGGUGAGCCCGCUCGCCUGGUUGGCCGACGCUGGCACGGGGGGCGUCUCGAACGCUGCGCCUGAAGCACACAAGCGGGCAAACAUGUGUGAAUGCCCUCCCUCUGUAAGUGUGUUCGCGUUGCCCUGACCGAGUUUCUUCUCCCGCAUCUCGCGUAUGGCGUCGAAGUCGAUGAGAUCGUCCAGCGCCCACUGCCAUGAGUAGUGGGGGCCGGUGAACUGGCCCUUGAGCAGCGGCUCGGUGGCCGCACGCCCCGUGGCCUGCGACGCCUCGUGCGGCACUAUCGAGAUGCCGUCAAGGCCGUCGAUCUGCAUGCUGGUGCUGCCGGCGUCGCUCCCGGCUGCUCCUGCUGCCGCUGCGGCGCUGCUGGAUGGGGCCGGGGGAGGUUUCCUGUUGAUAAAGGCGUCGGUCUGGUUGGUACGCUCCACGUAUUUGGCCACGUGUGGCUCGAUGUCGAGGAAGUCGAGCCACCGCUUGUCAAGCGGCCAGUGGUCACGCUCACUCAACUCCCAGAACUGAUGGACGGACGGACGGACGCAGAAGUGAGAAUGGUUGUCUGUGAGUGUGGAGUGGGUCGUCUGCGUGCCGUUCCGUACCUUCUCGGCAGUGUCUAUUGUUUCGAGAGGCGGCGCAGGUGUGCCGAAGUCGGCGGGCGUCACAUCGUCAGAUCCCUGAAUCAACUUCUCACUGCAGAUACACACAUGGACACACAUUUCGUGCUUCUCGCGUGUCCGGCUGGUCUCCCCCCCCCCCUCUCUCUCUCUCCAUCCCAGCGGGCUUACGUGAAUUUGCGAUUCUCGUUUUUGUCGAACGAUGCUGUGACCUGCUGCCCCUUCUUGACCGCUCCCCUCCUGCCCCCGAUCUUCUCCUUGCGCUUGACGCCGCCCUUGGGCUGCGGCUGUACGUCAUCGUCAGCACGCCUCACGGUGCCGUCCACCGAUGGCGCGUUGGGGUACAGGAAGUCAAACAGAUGCUGCACACCUCCGCCCAAGCCCGUGCCGAAAUUGCCCUGGCGGCCGACCCCACCCCCGCUGGCUCGGCCCUCCUUGGCCCGGUGCGGCCCCCCAGACUUGGCUCGGGGUGUUGUCUUGGUCCUGGGUGUGUGAGCCUUGGACCGGCUGCCGACCGGCGGAAAUGUGCUCUUGGCGGCCGGGGGGCGCACCUUGACUGGCGGAGGGGGCGGGGGGGGAGGGUUGAUGUACAUGGCCGCCUCUUCCGCGGCCGACGCUGGUGGCGCAACUCCAUUGCUGUCCUUUGGAGGUGGAGGAGGCAAUGAAGGCACCGAAGGCACGUCAGCAGGGAGAGGCGCCUCCGCUGCUGCUGCGGCAUUGUCCUGCACGUGGUUGGGUAGGGGUGAGGGUGACGAUGGGGCGCCACUCGGGUCAGAGUUGACGCAGGAGCGAUUGGAUGGGUCGACGUCACAGGGAGGAGGGGAGCAAGCGGCGGGAGCCUUCAUCGGCACGUCAACGUCCUUGACUGCGGCCACGUCGCCGUUGGGGGCGGGGGCUACCGCCUCGGGCAGCGACGGAGCGCCAAUCUCCACUGGUGGAUCCAU